GAGCGUGUACAGGACAGAACAUCAAAUUGUAAACUGGGCAAGGGAUAGGAUGUAACUGAAGUACUUCAUCUUGUCUUGUUUAAUGGAUUAGACAGGUCUUAAGCUGGUCAAAAAACUGACUCGGUUCCUUUCACUUUGCUGGUCUAAAGUGCCAUUUCUUUAUAUGGGGAGGGGCUGAGAUUCUGAAGAUUGCGCCACUACAGAACAACAGUCGGUGACCUUGGGACUGCAAGGGCUUACUGGGCCUUAGACGCCUUGUUAGCCCGGGACUUAAUUCAAGUCACUUUAAACUCGUACGGGCAGCUCUGGGGGAAAAGGGCGAAUGUUUUGCACCGAAACUAAAACGCCACAAUCGGCGAAGAAUCUGUUUCACUUUAAUCUCAAGGGUCCCAAAUCAAAAAAGCCUGGUGGUAAGAAAAAGAUCACCAAAGCUGAGCGACUGCGCCUGCUGCAGGAGGAGGAGGAAAGACGCCUGAAGGAGGAAGAGGAGGCUCGAGUGAGAUUUGAAAAAGAAGAACAGGAAAGGCUAGAGAAACAACGGAUGGAAACAGAGAAAUGGCGUCGGCUGGAAGAGAAAGAUCUAGAAAGAAGAAAACAAGAAUUUGAAGAGCUUUCCUUCCUAGAGGACUGCUUUCCUGAAGCGGAGAAACUGAAACGGGAAACCAGAGCGCUGGCUCAGUGGAAGCACUAUAUCCUGUGUGACGGGAGCCCUGACCCCUCCAUAGCCCAGGAAAUAAACACAUUCAUCAGCCUGUGGGAAGAGGAGACCAAUGAGACCUUCGAGCAAGUGGUGGAGAAGAGCAAGCUGGUGCUGUCCUUGAUUAAGAAGCUAAAGUUAAUUUUGCUGGAAACCCCAGCGAGCGACCUGGACAAAAGGACUGUCACACAGCACCAGCAGUCUAUCCUGCGCCUGCAGGAGCUCCUCAGCCUGAAGGUGGACGUGGCCACAGAGCUGCUUCUCCGACAAGCCAGCACCUUAGCGGAUUUGGACAGUGGGAACAUGGAAAAGAUCAUCCAGGAUGAGAACAUCACCCUGUAUGUGUGGGCAAACCUCAAAAAGAAUCCAAGGUACCGAACUGUGAAAUUCUCUGGAACAGAAAUUGGGUUUGAAAUCCCAAGGAUACUGGCUGCAAGUAACAUUGCCCUUCGGCUCCUGCACACGCGCUAUGAUCAUGUCACCCCCUUGUGCCCCACUGCCUUCGCUGAGGAAGCAGAACAAGUCCUCGAGGUUACGGAGCAUCUCGAAAAAAAAGAGAGUACAGAAAAGGCCGUCACUGAAGAGAAAGAGAAAGCCGAAGAGAAAGAGAAAGCUGAAGAGAAAGAAAAAGCUGAAGAGAAAGCUUCUGACGAAGAAGAGCCUCCUGAGAUCAUAGAAGAGCAAGAGUUCAGCAUAAUCCAAGAGGAGGAGCCCAAAUUUGAGGAGACUCCAGAGCUCACUGAAGAACAAAAGGUUUCCUUUGAGGAAGAAGAAGAUUCCUUAACCGUCAAACAUGAACUGGAGUUGAAGUUGCUCAGUGAAGUUGUAUCUGCAGCACAGAUGCACCUGAUAGAGAAGGCGGAGGAGCGGGAAACCAGCAAAGACCAUGAGGUGGACUUGUGCCACUUCGCCACUCUGGGGGGAGUGUACCACCUGGACAUCCUGGAGCUGCCCCCUCAGUGCAAACCAGCGAACGGCUGGAUGUUGGUGGAGGUAGGAGACUCCAAGUUUAAGUUACAGAUACUCCAAGACGGAUUACAGAGGUUUACGUAUCCUCCAGAAAUCAUAGAAGAACCGGAUCCAGAAAAUGCCUAUCCACCCCUAGAGAUCACGCUGGAGGUCCAUGAGAAUGUCGUCUUCUUUCAGGACCCUAAGGUCAUAGCGUGGGAUGCUGAAGAUAAGGUGUGGAGAACAGAUGGCAUCAACAACGUUUUUUAUGACCGACAUGGCAGGCUCAUCACCUUCACUCUGGAUACGUUGGGCCCUGUGACCCUGAUGCAGGAUGCCCACAUCCUUAUGCCCUACAAGUCCUGGGAGCUGAGACCCCUCCAAGUGAACGAAGUCCUUUUGACCGUGACUACGGCUUUCACUGAACUCCAGAUCCAUAUCAAAGAAAAUCUCUGCAUGUUAGCCUCGAUCAAACUGGAGAACCGAGACCACUUGCCUCACUUAAAGGGAAAGUGGAUGACACCCAUACCCUUCAUCCUGGCUUUGAAGGAGGCGGGGCUGAACAUCUUCCCUUCUGUGUACUCCCAUUUUUAUGUCACCCACAACAAUAAGGUGUCCCUGUUGGAAGUGAAGGCCUAUCGGCAAAUGGCUCUAUUAAGCUCGGCCUUCAAGUUUGGCCGGAGCAGAUGGAACACAGUCUCCAACACCACAAGAGUUGUAUUUCAGGUGAAGGAAGGCCUGCUGGAGGAAGCGGAGGACCGGCUCCUCAUGUUCAACGGCGAGAGAGCGUGGGUGCUCGGCAUUAGGGAAGACAGCUACGUGUUCAUGGACACCCUCAAGGAGGAGACGGAGUUCCACUCCACCGUCUAUCACAUGGUGAAGGACUUCGCCUCCCCAGAGGCCAUGGAGAGGGUCAGGUGCUCCGACUGCCAGUUCAUCGACGCUGUCUGCCACAUGCUGCUGUCCAUCCGCGUCCUCAGCUACUCCUAGUCCUCAGCUACUCCUCGACCCCUCGACCUCAGCUACCCCUCGACCCCUCGACCUCAGCUACCCCUCGACCUCAGCUACCCCUCGUCCUCAGCUACCCCUCGUCCUCAGCUACCCCUCGUCCUCAGCUACCCC